AUGUUGUCUUCAAUGAACCUACUAAAGACAGGAGGAAGAUCACUACUAACAGCUCAAAAGUUUGUCCUUCGAGCAUACCCAUACCGUCCAUACUCAUCCCAGCCAUCACCGGAUCUAAAACGACCUAUAACCAUCCCAGACAUUCAUUCCAAAUAUGCCAAAGGGGUUCCAAUCACAAUGUGCACAGCAUACGACUACAUCACAGCUACUUGGGCGCAAAGGGCUCAUUCAGAUAUGAUUCUAGUGGGUGACUCUCUCGCAAUGACAUCUUUGGGGUAUCCAUCUACUACGACAAUCUCUCUACAGGAAUUCCAAUACCACGUCAAGUCUGUCUGUAGAAGUCAAGGGACUUCGUUGAUAGUGGCUGAUAUGCCUUUUGGCUCAUUUGAAAAAAGCAUCCCCUAUGCCAUUGGUAAUGCUAUUGAUAUGAUGAAAUUGGAUGAGAAUGUCACAUCGGUGAAAUUGGAGGUCGGGUUGCAUACCAAGGAUCAUUACACUCCACAGUUAAUAAAGGAAUUAUCUGCUAGGGGGAUCCCGGUUAUGGGUCACAUCGGGUUGACUCCCCAAAGGGCACAUUCAUUAGGCGGGUUUAAAGUACAGGCUAAUAAGGAUAUGAAUGACGUGAAGGAGUUAUUGGAGACCGCAAAAUUGUUACAAAGUGUGGGGUGCUGGUCCAUGGUACUGGAAUGUGUUCCACAUAAGGUCGCUACAUGGAUUCAAUCACAAUUGAGGAUCCCAGUUAUUGGCAUUGGUGCCGGUAAUGGGACUGCUGGGCAAGUGUUAGUUGUAUCUGAUUUAUUAGGUAUGUUGGGAACAUCGGUACCUAAAUUUGUAAAACAAUAUGAAUCACUUGAGGAAAAAGCUGUGAAAGCUAUAGAGGAUUAUCGUACGGGUGUUGCUGAAAAAACGUUCCCAGAGAACUCAAUACAUACUUUCAAAAUUAAAGAGGAGCAAUGGCAAGAUUUUCUAAAGCAACAGGAAGAUAUUUAA